UCCUAGGAGUUCAGCAACAGUGCGAAAAAGGAGCCGAGAGUUUAUUAUUUUACCCACUAUGAGGUUUUUUACAGUGUUAGCGAGCAUUUAAAAGUCCUGUUUAAGUUUUGGAAGAGCUCUACAAAUGGAGGAGAAGGCCCAGAAUCCGGAGGAGGAGAGCUCCUUUGAAGCUCUGGAGAAGGAGUUCCAGGAGGUGUUGAAUGAGUUGGUGGGAGACAAGAGCCUGGAGAAGUUCCGCGUGGAGUAUGAGAAGCUCACCAAGGCACUGAAGAAGUCCCACGAGAGCGAGAAGAGGCUGAUGACGAAAUGCCGGGAGCUGAACGCAGAGAUCGUAUCCAACUCGGUCAAAGUGGCCACGGCAAUGAAGUUGUCUCAGGAGGACCAGACGACCAUUACGUCACUAAAGAAGGAAAUCGACAAGGCUUGGAAAAUGGUUGACACGGCUCACGAGAAGGAGCUGAAGGCAAAAGAAAGGAUUCAGACUCUGAAUCAGGAAAUAGCCAAUCUCACCAAGCUUGUGGAGCAAGGCGCUGGUUUAUCCACAGUCCAGCAGCACAGCGUGGGCGAUCUAUUGAAAAUCAAAGAACAGUUGACGGCAGAGAGAGACGAGCUGCUCUCUGAGGUGGUGACUCUUCGGGAAAACCUUACGAAAGCCACGGCCAGUCAGCAGGAGACAGAGGCGGCUAAGGAGAAGGCCCAGGAAACCAUCUCGCAGCUGCAGCAGGAGAUCCAGGUGCGUCAGAACGAGUGCUCUCGAGAGAUGCGGAGGAAGGAGAAGUUGGAGAAAGAAGUGAAGCAGCUGCACUCUGACCUGGAGGCCCGACAGACUGAGAUCAAAACGCUGACAACGCAGACCCACCGCACUAAAGACGAGCAGCAGAGGCUGGAGCAGCAGCUCCGCGAGCAGAAGAUCCUGAACGAGAGGGCCACUAAGGAGCUGGAGCAGCUGCAAGUGCGCAACACCAAACUCCAGCAGGAGAAUGAGCAGAACACUCUUACCCUGGAGCAGCUCUCCUUGGAGAAUAACCAGCGAACCUCAGACCUGAAGAUGAAGGAGGAGGAGGUGAAUCAGAUGAAGCAGCAGAUCGCUAAGCUCAAUAAGAUGAGGGAGGCCACCCAGAGGAAGCUGCGUCUGCUGGAGGACCAGAAACUGGAGGUGGAGCAGCAGAGAGAAACGCUGAAGAACCAGAUCACUGGCCUGGAGAAAGAAAUGGAAAUGGCGAAAAAGCAGACAGAGAACGACAAGAAGAAGGUGGACGAACUGGUCAGGGAAAAAGACAUCCUGAACAAGAACAUGAUCAAGGCAGCUAAUGCCACCGAGAAGCAGCUGGAUUUGGUGAAGUUGCACGAGCAGACAAAGAAAACUCUGGACCAGGAGAUACUGACCUACAGAGAUGAGGCACAGAAACAACGCAAAAUAAUCUUCCAGCUGGAGAAGGAACGAGACAGAUACAUCAACGAGGCCAGCGAGCUUACACACAAGGUUUUGCUGCAUAUGGAGGACAUCAAAGUGCGGGAGAUGCAGAUCUUUGAGUAUAAGAAGAAAAUCGCUGAAGCAGAGACCAAGCUGAAACAGCAGAUGAACCUCUAUGAGGCCGUCCAGUCUGACCGCAACCUCUACAGCAAGAACCUCAUCGAGGCUCAGGACGAGAUCAAGGCGAUGAAAGGCAAGCUGAAGAUCAUGAACCACCAGAAUGUCCAGCUCAAAGAGGAGAUCAGUGGCAAAGAGGCCGCUUUGGUCAAAGAGCACCUGGAGUUCCAGCGGGUGGAGAAAGAGAAGGAGGCUCUAAAGGCCGAGCUUCAGAAGAUGAAGCAGCAGGCCCAGGAGACCAAGCAGUUCAUUGACAAUCAGGAGGUGGAGGAGCGCAAGCUGUUGAAGAUCAUAGCGGACGCUGAUACUGAGAGAAUGCGGCAGAAGAAAGAAUUGGAUCAGGUGAUCAGCGAGCGGGACAUUCUGGGGACACAUCUGGUGCGGAGGAAUGACGAGCUGGCGCUGCUCUACGAGAAGAUCAAGAUUCAGCAGUCCAUUCUGAACAAGGGCGAGAUCCAGUACAACCAGAGAGUGGAGGACAUCCGGCUGCUCAAGAUGGAGAUCAAGAAGCUCAGGAGGGAGAAAGGCAUCCUGACAAAGACUGUGUCCAACGUAGAAGACCUCAGACGAGAGGUUUACCACAUGCAGAGGGAACUGCUUAAAGAGCGGACAAGAUGCCGAGCUUUGGAGGAGGAGCUAGAGAAUCCCAUGAAUGUUCAUCGCUGGAGAAGACUAGAGGCGAGUGACCCCAGCACCUUCGAGUUGAUCCAGAAGAUUCACUCUCUUCAGCGGCGGCUGAUAACUAAAAGCGAGGAGGUGGUGGAGAAGGAGCUUCUGCUGCAGGAGAAGGAGAAGCUGUAUGUGGAGCUGAAGCACAUCCUAGCUCGUCAGCCUGGUCCAGAAGCAGCAGAACAGCUUCAGAUCUACCAGCAGACGCUGAGGGAAAAGACCAAACAGCUCAAGGCUUUGUCAUCAGAACUCAACAUGUAUGAGUCUCAGACGCAGGAAUACAAGUAUGAGAUUGAGAGGCUAGUCCACGAGCUGCAGAACGUCAAGAAGAAAUACCUCGCCCAGAGGCGCAAAGAGCAGGAGUGCAGGGAGAAGGAGAGGAGUCUGACCCAGGCAGGACAGCCCGUCAUCCUGCCUCAGCGUGCUGACGGACCGCGCUUCACUGGAGGAGGAUUCAGCUUAAAGCAGCCCAGCAAGAUUGCUGCUUAGAACGCCACCAACCCCUCUCUC